UCAUCUCGUCUCGAUCAUGCGAUGGAGAAGGUUGGUUUGCUACUUUUUGUUAAAUAACAACACGUUAAAUAUUUAGUGUUAUUAUUGUUGGAAAGAACUAGAUUUAAUUACUGCUACUACUGGAUUAAAGUUGGAUCAUAGGAUUCUAGUGUUCUUCAUUAAGUUUUAUUGUGUAUCGUCACUUGUUUACUGUGGAUUCUGAUUUGAAUUAACGUUAAAGGCAGCGACAACAACAACGACAACAACUUAUCCAGAAAUUCCGGUCCGUUCAGGAACAAUAGGAGGACAAGGAACAAACGGAACGGAACAAGAUUUUUACUGCAACACUUAUCAGCAAAGCGAUACGAAUUUCUUCCCCCAACAGGAACAAGGACAAGAACAAUUAGAUGACUUUGACUUGUUCUCGAGUGAUGCGUUUCAAUCGACGACGAAUCCAACACGGAUAAAAUUAGGACAAGAAUUAGGACAACAAGAUCGUCAAAAUCUUCAGUACGGUCAUACUUAUCAUGGUCAUCAGAGUCACGGUUAUGUCCCUGAGGAUCCCAUGCGUCAACAGAAUUUGGAAUUGAUACGGACGACGAGGGAAGGCUUUAAUUUACAAGGGAGGACCUUUGGCAGUUUCGAGACUAAAAUGGAGCCAGAUAUGGAAAUUGUUGGGGGUGGUGGUGGUGCUGUUGCUGGGGAUGAAAACGAGGAGGACAGGAAAUUAGGAAUUUCUGAUCGGAAUGGGAAACACGGCAGUGAUGGUGACGUAAUUGGAACUCCGGACCCUAAAAUAUGCGGCGUUUGUGGCGACAAAGCCCUCGGAAAUAAUUUUAACGCUAUAACUUGUGAAAGUUGUAAAGCAUUUUUCCGUCGAAAUGCCCUCCGACCAAAAGAAUUUGUUUGUCCGUUUAACAAUAAUUGUAAAGUUGACCCUGUGACGAGACGAUUUUGUCAAAAGUGCAGACUAAAGAAAUGUUUUGACAUCGGCAUGAAAAAAGAAUGGAUCAUGACGGACGAAGAGAAGAAAAUGAAGAAGCAAAAAAUCGAACAAAAUCGCCUAAAACGUGUCACCUCCUGCGACGUUAGGGAAACGGAUCCCAUCCACCCGAAAGAAAUGAAAGUCGCGGCGGCUACGACGCCCACGACGCCACAAAUUGACGACAAUCACCAAAUCCCCCACCACACACUCACCCCUGACUGCGACGCCUCGUCGAAUUCCUCCAGUGAAAGUAACAGUGUCCACCACCACAACCACCACGUGCACAAUAAUCAUAAUAGUACGACGAACAAUAGUAAUAAUCUUCACCAGAAUCUCGUUUCUCCUCAAGCCAAUAAUCACCCCUUUCACUACGCAGGAAGUAAUAAACCACUUCCGGUCAUCGUUGACCAUGGACCAACGUCCGUAAUUGCCACCCACAACUCGUCCUCUUACCUCCUCCCCCAGAAUUAUGUCGAAGAAGAAGAGCAAGACGAACAACCCACUCAAAAUCCCAUCUUGGCCUCCCUCGUGCGCCCGGGAUUAGCCGAUUCUCCCCCUGAACCGCUGAACCCACCGCCGCAAGUGAUCCAGUACCCGCCCCCACCACCACCACCACCGCUCGAUUCUGACUACCCCUCCAAGAAGAAAACCCUCAUUCAACAGUACCACAUGGAAAUGCAUUUGGGUUGCUGUGACGGAGAAUCGUCACUCUCGUCACCCCCCUCGUCGUCUUCUUCGUCACUAUCGUCCCCCCCACAGUUGACGAGAGGCUCGAUUGGUGGGCAUCAUCACCAAGACGUAGGCGAACUCCCACCGUUACCUCUCAACACGAUGGAGUCCAUUCUCAGCGUCGCGAUAUCGGCCGAGUUUAAUGCGGGGUUAUUGAGUGAGGACAAUUGUUUGGGGGAUGACGAUAUGUCGGGGGGACAUCAGCAGCAGCAUUCGCAUUCCUCCGCGGCGGCCAUGCAUAAUUCGAGGACGCUGAAUAAAGCGGAGAAGGCGAAGCUGAGUGAGUUGUUCUUUGCGAGUGAGGCCCUCAAUGCGCCGGUGGAUUUGGAUGGACCGAUAAAAAUUGGAACGUCGGAUCCAUCUUUGAUCAACGUGAUAAACCUGACUGACAUCGCGAUCCGACGUUUGAUAAAAAUGUCGAAGAAGAUUUGUGCAUUUAAAAAUAUGUGUCAAGAAGAUCAGAUCGCUCUGUUGAAGGGGGGCUGUACCGAGAUGAUGAUUUUACGCAGUGUUGUGUCCUACGAUCCGGAAAGAGAUUCGUGGAAUAUACCUCACAGUAACGGGUUCAACGUAAAACUUGGCGUGCUGAAGGAAGCCCGUGGAAAUUUGUACGAGGAGCAUCAACGUUUCGUGAAAUCGUUUAAAGGGGAUUGGCGUGCGGACUACAAUAUUAUGAUUAUUCUCUGUGCCAUCACGCUAUUCACGCCAGAAAGGCCGAAUGUUAUUCAUAAAGAUGUCGUAAAAUUGGAGCAGGAUUCGUACUAUUAUCUUCUCAAGAGAUAUUUGGAAUCAACUCGAAACGGGUGUGAAGCACGAUCCACGUAUCUCCAACUUAUCCAGAGGAUUGCAGAACUUCACAUUUUAAAUUCAAACCAUUUACGCGUAUUUCUGGAAGUGAAUCCCCGCGAAGUGGAGCCGCUUCUCAUUGAAAUCUUUGAUUUAAAAUAAUAGUCCCUUGAAACCUGUGCGUUAUUAGGAUGAUACAUAAGUAUACAAGCUUUAUUCAAUACUGAGCUAAUUCACGCAGGCCUUGGUAACAUUGUAAAAUCCGUAAACUUACAAACUGUUAAAAAAUUUUACUCGUAUUUCGAAGGAAAAUUAGCUCCCAAAUUUUUGUAAAAUUACUCAAAUCAAGGGAGUCUCUUUAAAAUUAUUUCUCAAAAUGCACGAUUUUACAAAGUUACCAAGAACUGCGUGAAUUGCCUCAGCAUUAUAAUAAUUAUAUAAGAAUCGAGUCUAACUAGUGAGAGAGAAUGCAACGAAAUUGGUAUUUUGGUCAGCCUUCUUCGUCAUCAAUUAUUGUUCGUAAACUUCAACCCCCUAAAACUGUAAACUACACAUUUAAAAAAUGAUAAUUUCUCUAUUAAUGUUGGUUACUUUGUUAUAUCAAUUAUCAAUUUUGUCAUUAAUGAUAAUAGUGCUAAUGGAAUGUGAGGAUGACUUGGAAGAAAUGGGACUAAUUUCUGAAGAGGGGGGUGCAUGCGUCGACAGUGUGAUGUGCGUUAAAUAAAUGUGAUUAUCAAUUAUUAGCUUUAAGUAGAGAUUAUGUAAUUGAAAAUGUGAAAUGAUUUAAUUAAUUUGACUAGAAAUCGGUAUAUAUAUAAAUACAAUACGAAAUAUAUUGUUUAAAAUGAUACAGCAAAUGGCACAAAUUAUUUUUAGUAAAAUAAUAAAAGCUUGCAAAAUUAAAUAA